AUGGAGCAAGAUAGAAGUUCUUCGAGCCCCGAGCCGACAGACGAGCCGCAUCCGGCUUCACGACUUCCAGUUUCUGCGGAGACGAUGCGUCUGAUGGCCUUCGAGAAAAUGGAGGACGACUACUACGUCGGCAGCUAUCAGAAUGCUGUGGAAGACGCCGUUGAUUCCGACGACGAGAGGUCGGUUUUCUUCUGAAUGUGUCGUGCCAAGGUUAUGUGAGACAUGUGGGCAGUAAAAAAAAAGGUUCGAAAUUAAUGGGACGUUUGGUAUGGCUCUUUAUUGAGUGUCGAAUAGUAUACCUGAAAUUGCGCAGAAAUAGGAAUACCGAAAUUUUCUAGAAAUAGAGCAGAAAAUAUUAGAAGAAGGGAAAAUUCGAAAUCCGGCUGAUUUUUCGACUGUCGGCGAUUUCUUUGAUACAACAGCUCAGCCUUCAUCGGCAGUCGUAUCAAAAUUCGAAUCCAGUGUUUUGCUAAUGUUUUGCAUUCAAAGUCCGCAUACUUGAAAAAUCAUACUUAAUUCAAUACAUUUGAAUGUUUACUUUCCAGUUAUUCUUUUCACUUUUUCUUGUACAAGUUAUUGGUCACAGCUGUCUCUCCUAUUAACCUAUUUCUAUGGCUUUUUGUGGUGAAAGCCUAGAAAAGCCAGAUUCCCUGCCAAAUAGGGAUGAUGUGUCGACUCAAAAUCCAAUAUUUUUCUCCACGUUUUUUUUCCGAUCAGAAAAUAAUCAAACGCAAUUUCAAAAAAAAAAAACUUUGUCUAUACUGUCUUUAUCAGUCAGUUAACUAUUCGCUUUAUCUUAUCUAGAAAAAAAUCACAUUCUUCCAUGGUUUUCGAUCUCCUGUUGAGUGAAGAAGUAAUUGAUGAGUAUCGGAAAGAUCAGUCCCCGGUUGGUUGUGCCGUCGAUUCGCAACAGUACUGACUCCAUCUUUCUUUUUUCUUGCGAGAAAAGUCGAUGGAAGCAUUUGUCAUGAAUUGAUGGAUAGACGGGGUGUAUCGCGACGACUGGCUGUGCAGCAGAAGAUACCUGCACCCACAGAAAAGGAUAACAUUUUGAUAAGCGGCGAUAAUGAUUUGGUCGAACAAUAAAUCAUUCCAAGUUGGCUUGGUUGAUGGAAUUUGGCCCAGAUCGCCUCAGACUUCCGUUUACCAUUUGUUUCUUGGAUCUCAGGCCUCUGUCGCGAUUUGCGUGCCGUUUCUCUGUUGGCUUAAAAAGGAAGUUGUAAUGAUCUUUUUGCAAACCGAACAAGGAAAUGAUUCACUAACCUGGUUUUCCGCACUUUUUAGUAUCUUAACUUGCCUCUGGAUUGUCAGCAAAGAAUCACGCAAUUGGAAAGGUUUCUCUGAGAAGGAAGGAUGUAGUGGUUUGAAAUUUUCUACAAACUCGCUCAAAAACUUCCUAAAGAUGAAGACGAACCUCUCUCAUAGUCGCAAUCUGCGCAAACUACUAGUUUUUGAGAUGUGAUUUUGCAAAGUUGCGAAAUAUGGGGUGCUUAACUUCCCGAGCUUCAAAAGUUCAUAUCUCAAAAACUAGAAGCUGGUCCUGGUAACGAUUAUGUAAAGAAAGUAAAAGUGUCUGUUUCUUACCGUGGCGUCUAAACUUGUGUUCAAGAAGUUAUUAUUUUGGAAAUACCAAAGUUCGCGUAGGUAGAGACCGAAAGGGAUCUUCAUCUAGAGAUUUGAAGUGCCUCAUUUGAUUUUUCUUUCUCUUUUUCAUUUUUUUUUCUCUUUCUACCUCGAAGACUUUUGAGAAAGUAAUCAUUAUUUUUGGAGGAUCUACAGAGUCCUUGCGCACUACUACUGUAUUAAAAUGCUCAAAAGUAUUUCAAUCAUCAAGUAGUCGGUUCAAAUUUACGAGGUUGAGUGUUGGCGUCUCCGAGAACUCAAUAAAUCAGUCUAGCGUCGGAAUUUUCGUCGUUGGUUUGGCUGACCGCUUCGGUUUUUCUCAGUUUCCUUAUCAGGGCUACACCCACGCAAAACGGUGUUCACUGGGCAUCUCGCUCGUUUUUUUUUCUGUUCCUUUGCAUGAGAUUUGGAGAAACACAAGACGAGAAAAAAGUAUCCAACUGGCGUCGGUUUGUCUGCCCCGUCGUACCGUCAUGAGACGAGACAUUCUUAUAAAAAGCGUUAGAUAGGAGUCGAAGCGAACCGAAGACGCGAAUUUGAUGGAUCGCUAGCCGUGGCAGAUCGUCUACUCGAGACCAAUUUCCUUGAUGAAUGAUAUGAUUUUUUGGGGCGACUGUCGUUGAAAAUGAUCUUUUCAUAUUAGUUUUCUUCUCAGCUCGGACGACGAGGUUCAAGCUCAGUUGAAGAGGAUCGCUGGUAUUCAGGACAAGAAAAAGGUCAAAGAUGCCUUUGGACGGCGACGUGAGACCUCCUGAAAACCACUGCCUCGCAUUCUAAUUUUCAGGUCGCCGGUCAGAUUUUGAAGAUGAAAUGGACGAAGAGCUCGACCGUAGCAUCACCGAGUACGCCAGUGAGCACAUGGGAGUCUCUCUUUCGCCCAAGUCCAUCGAAAACACAACCAAAGAGUUGCAAAUAGUGAGUCGUCAGGGUUCUGUCGAUAAUAUAGUUCUGGCUUGCAGGAAGACAUUGACAAUGAAGAGAAGGCUCGCCAGGAGAUGAUCAGAAUUGACGAAGAACGGCGGCGUGAAGACGAACAGAUGGAACAAAAAAUGGCGGCUCUUGAACUUCUGCCUUAUGAUGUAGUAAGUGGGAAUUUUCGCGUAAUAGCUCGCUUAAAGUAGAUGUUAAAAUUUUUUGCGCUGACCUGAAACAUUUCUUCGAGGAUUGUCUCUUUUGCGAAGGCUACUCUAGAAGUUGAUCAGGAGAGACAGAAUUUUCCUCAUAGGAACUGACGGACAGCGAAGUUGACCCUGAAAUGCCAGCCGCAGUUGUGAAGAACAAGGACGGCAUCCCCGUCCGUCUUGUCUACAGUGCGAAGCGGGGAACACAGUUCGACGUGGUGAGUUGAACGAAGCUUUUCUUCUCACUCAAUAUCACAAGCUCAGGAGGAAAGACGCCGCCAGCAAAAACAACGUCGUCAGCGGCUGUCACGAGCGCGUCCUUCUGAAGAACAACGUCGGAGAAAUCUGAUCAGAACCGUGGCCGAGGUUUGUUUGAAAAGGUCGCUUAGAACAUUUCUUUGCAGUCCUAUGCGGACCUGCCCGAUCUGCAGAAGCAGAGCCGAGAGGCUGUGGCAGCUAAGGGAAAGGUUAACUUUUUCCGAGUCUCUUGCAUGUUUUGAGCCUUUAGAAGGAGUUUCUCCCAGGUCCAAACACUCCUGGAGCAGGUUUGGUCGAUCCUGCCAAGGCUGAAAAGCACUCGACCCCAUUGGGUUCGAUUCUGAAGAAAAGUCGAGCCAAUAAAGACGAAUCAAUGGAAGUCGAUGACGACUCAUCUGUAGUCAUUCCUUGUCUGAUUCAAUUUUCAAAAAAAGCUUCAGUUCAAACAGCCGGAAAGUUCAUCUAGCCGCACUGCGGCAGUUUCAAAGUAUUUCGAGAAAGAGCUCCAGGAGGUUUGGUUAACUGAGUUCAUUAUUGAAAUUCCCACUUUUAUUACAGUGGGAAAAGGAAAGUGAACCCGGACCGUCUAAGCCUAAAACGAAGAAGUCGCCGAAGAAAAAAGUGCUGAUAUCGGAAAAAAUGGAAACGAAUGACGCAGACGACGAGGAGGAGGACAAUCCCAUCAAAAGAGCUGCCAAGGAGCGCGAGAAGGAAAUUAAGAAAAAUGUAAGAAAAUGUAAUCUCAUUUCAAAAGUUAUGGGCACCUUGGCGCUCGGCGUCUUCAAGUUUUUGGAGAAACUUUUCAAAAACCACUAAAACACCUAAUAAGUUGAGAUCAGCAGCUUCCUGAUGAGGCGCCAGAAGAGCAAGAAUAUUCCUUUUUUUUCAAACAUGGCGUCUCUUUAGGUCGCUGCUGACUUCUUACUCUAGCUUUUAGACACCUUUUUAUAGUCUUAUAUCAUAUAUACUGUUGAAAUCCUAACCGUUCAGACCUUUUUGAUCUUAGGAUGAGCUUCUCUACGACGACGAGGAAGACGUCGACAACGAGCGUUGGGUGCAGGCGCGUCGGAGAGAGAAGCGUGGAGUCAGUGAGAGCGAAAGCAAAGACGAGGUGCCCAAGGAGAAGCAGACCAGGUCUGGAACGGAGCCGUAAGCAACAGGAAUGGAGAGAACGGUUCAGACCUCGACUGGACAACGACUCCGACGCCGUCCUCUCGUGUCCUGGCUGCAUGGCCGAGCUGACCAGCGACUGUCAGAGACACGAGAUCUACAAGGAGCAGUACAGGUUUAGCCCCUCACUCCCAUGAAUUUCCGUCUAGCUGGCAAACAGAACGCUUAUUCAUCGAAAAUCCGAUAAAUAUGGAGUACAUGUCUUGCAAUUAUUCAUGGAAUUGAGAACAAGACGUCAUAUAAAAAUUCUCCCCCAAGUUAAUAACAUCAGACUUGCCCGACCGUAUUUAAUUUUUUUUUUUCUUUGAAUCCCUUCUUUACAAAAAAAAUUUUUCGAUCUUCCGGUCUCAGAAAAUGUGUUAUUAUAACAAAGCUUCGAUUUUCACAAGAUUCAAGAAACCUCACAUUCUUUUUUUUCACAUUGUCCUUUUCCAUUCAUUUCAUUUUCCAGAGCGAUGUUUGUUUCAAAUUGCCGCCUUGAACCGGAAAAGAUGACUGUAGAGAAGACUGGAAAGGAGAAAAGACGCGAGAGACAAAAAGCCCGCAAAUCUGGCGGAAACUUUGAAGUUGGUCUUCUGUUAACGUUAUUUCUGGCUAGAAACUCGACAUUUUUCUCUUUCAGGUAGCCGAAAAAGACGUCUUCACGCCGGUUAAGUGUUCUGUGUGCAACACUCUUGUCGCAAUGAUGGACACUGACGAAAUCUAUCAUUUUUUCAAUGUCCUCGCUGGUUAUGCUUGA